AUGCAAUUAACGUCACUGGAAGAACGUAGAUUACGUGGAGAUCUGAUUCAACCUUCAGAUUUACAACCAAAGUCAAAUCAAAGUUUUUGUGUUCCGCUAAUCUAUCAAGUAUUAUGCGCACAUCGAUUUUAUGCAACAGGAUCUUUUCAGAUUGUGAUUGGUGAUUCUACAGCAGCUUUAAGUCAACUAACUAUUUCUAGAAUUAUUCGCCGAUUUUCUUUGAGUCUUGCAAAAAGAGUCAAUGAACACAUUAAGUACCCAACUGAUCCACACGUUUUAAAUGAGAGCAGAGUAAAUUUUUAUAAUGUGGCAGAAUUUCCAAGAAUAACUGGAUUAAUAGACGGCACGCACGUUUGCAUACAAAAGCCACGCGAGCACGAAUAUGUUUAUGUUAAUAGAUCAUCAAAUCAUUCGAUCAAUGUCCAAGCGGUGUGUAAUUAUAACGGAAAGUUCAUUGAUAUUGUUGCAAAAUGGCCUGGAAGCACAUAUGACGCAAUUAUGAAAAUAAUAAUGAAGGCAUAG